CUGCUCCUGCUGAAGUUAUUCAGUCUCCUCACGAAACUCCACCAGACCACCAUCAUGAAAUUCGUUGCUCUUGCUCUCGCCCUUCUGCUGGCCGUCGGCUCUCAGGGAGCUUCCCUGAUGCAGGCUGAUGCUCCAUCCCAGCUGGCCCACGUCCGGGCCGCUAUGGAUGUCUACUUGACCCAGGUCAAGGAGAGCGCCAAGAGAGCUUUGGACCAGCUGGAUGACACUGAGUACAAGGAGCUCAAGGAGCAGCUGUCUCAGCGCCUGGAGGACAUGCACACUCAGAUCAAGGCUCUGCAGACCUCUGUGUCCCCCGUCACUGACGGCAUUGUCAAAACCAUCUCUGACGCCACCGCUGGAUUCCGUGCCGCUGUUGAGGCCGAUCUUGAAACCCUGAGGACCGAGCUCGAGCCCAAACGUGCUGCUCUGAAGGAAGUCCUUGACAGGCACAUCCAAGAGUACACCGCCCAUCUGGAGCCCGUCGUCAGCGAGCACUAUGCCAAGCACACCGCUGAGAUGGAAGCCCUGAGGGCCAAGCUGGAGCCCAUUGUGGAGGAGCUGCGUGCCAAGAUUGCCGUCAACCUUGAGGAGACCAAAGCUGCCAUGGCACCCAUUGUGGAGGCUGUGCGUACCAAGGUCAGUGAGCGUCUGGAGGAGCUGAAGACCAUGGCCAAGCCCUACGUGGAUGAAUACAAGGAUCAGGCCAGGCAGAUGUAUGACCAGGCAAAAUCCAUCAAAACCGAAGACCUCACCGCCCUGAGGGAGAAGAUUGCACCUUUGGCCGAGGAAGUUAAGACGAAGCUCCAGCAGAUCAUGGAGAUCGUCCUUGCUUCUUUCCAAAGCUAAAUCCUCUGUACCCUGUUCCUAUAACUAACCUCACCUACCUGUCUGUAAUAGACCCAUUCCACCUUUCUCUCCAUUCCCUCUUUCCUCACACAUCCAGACCACCUCCCAAAAAGAAGCCAAUGCCUAACUGAUGCACUUCUUUGCAACAAAUUGGCGGGACUCUCUCUCUCCCAUGCAAACACCUUACUUUAUGCGCACAUGCUCAAGCAAACGCAAGCAAAGACACAGACACAAACAUACUCAGCACACACAUGCUUUACUCUUCACAUACUAUGACCAUCUGCUUACAUUUUGUGUAGGAAUUGUGUGUGAAUUAUCUCAAGUGCCUGAACCUCUGUGUAAUGAUGCUUGUUUGAUGAAAACUGUGCUUUGAUGAAAUACAGCUCAAUAAACAUCUGACUGUUUAUACUA